AUGAGCAAUGGAGAUGAAUCUGUGAGCCACUGUGCGUGUCGACCAAGUUUUGGGCGGAUGUUUCCGGACCGACCUUGCAAGCCCACAUAUACCUACGAAUUGCAAAUGGAAACUCUCCGAGUUGGAAACUAUAUCCUCAAGUUCAACGAUGGACUUAAAAGUAAUGCGUCAAACGAAUAUCGUCACCUUAGUGGAAUUAUACUAGAUGCCGUCGACCGCAUGAUAAUGCAAUCUGACUUUCGGGACGUUUAUCACGGUCAAUUAAUUAGCAUUACUGUUAAGCAAGAUAAUAGUAUUAGUAAAUUUUUGCUCCAGUUGUCCGAGAACAGCGAUCAAAAGCGACUAUCAUUCGUUUUUAAAAAAUAUUUGCGGCAAAGCAAUUUUAGCAUUGGAGGCACUGAGUUAUAUACUUCUAAAGAGGGAAUUAAUUCAUUAGAAUUUAAAGAUUUCGACGAAUGCCGUCACGAAAAUUUUCAUGACUGUUCUACCAACGCUCAAUGCUUUAACUUGGGUGGCAGUUACACAUGCAGUUGCCUGGAUGGUUAUGUGGAUAUAUCUGAUAACGCCAUUUAUCCGGGUAGAAAAUGCUCAGAUAACAUAAUUGGCUGUGAAAAGUGCAAUUACCACGGGAAAUGUAUUACAACGACGCUGGAUAAAGUGCCGAGCCUAACUACGGUAUGCCAGUGCUUUCCUUGGCAUGCAGGAACGAGGUGCCAACUAAAUCUUAAGAUACUUUUGAUCUGCCUGAUUGCCAUCGGUACAGUGCUGUUUAUUUUGCUCCUGUUUUGCAUAUUGAUUAUACACACAAAGCGUAAGAACCAGGGCGCUCCUGCAAGUUCCAUAUUUAUUACAGCAUCAAAUAUACAUCCUAGCAUACUGACGUCUUCUGGAAAAUCGAGACUAGUAGAAUAUAUAAAUGAUUCCAAUAGCGAAUCAAGUUAUAGCUCAGGAUCUGUUUUGCAUAAGAAAGACCAUGGGGUGAAAAAGUCAAAGGUGAAACCAGGAGUACUGCCAAAAACGAAUGCAGCUCAAAAAUACAAAGUUACUUCAAUCCGGAAUAUGUAUGACGUACUUGAUUUAAGCGAACCAAUUGAAGAACAGGACUUUCCAUCAUAUAACAUGGAUGAAGGUGUUACUGAUGCUGAUACAGACCAAGCCGAUCGUUCUCUCACCUUUAUGAUACCACGUGCUAAAUUCCGCCAACCGUAUAUUUUAAAGCAUUCCCAGCUGAAUAAUAAUCUAUAUUUGGAAAAUAAAGAAGCUCGGGGAGAUUUGCAUAAAAAGGGGGGCUUGGAAUAUCGAUCUGUUUUUAUGGACACGUCGAAGCAAAUUAUAAAAGCAACCGAGCGUUCCGCUCAGAAACGCAUCACACCCACUAGUGCACUAGUUUCCGCUGGCUAUGAAGUAUCUGCAAUUGUAAACGAUCCCACCGCCGAACCUGUCAACGUCGUAUCAGCCAUGAAUGUUGAACUAAAAUCACAACAAAAUGUAAAACUAGAUUCUGAAUCGAAUGGCGUACGUUCGUUUGACGAAACAACAGUUGAAGCUGUAACUAUCCCCGCUCUUCUCAAAUUAAGCAUGCAGAUUGAGAACCAUACAAAUGAGGAAGUUAACACAAUGGCUGAAAGAGAUUUGGGCUCAACCUUUCUGCUGCCACAUACGCAUCUAUAUAAGCCCGAAAAGAUACCUAGUGAGUUUUCUGGAUUUGAUUCUGUGUAAAUGCUGGGACACCUUUAAAAAGCAUAACCACAUUCUCGGGCAUAUUUUCUAUAUUAGCUCUAUGAUAUAAUGGAAUAUUUGGGAAGUUAAUACAUCUCCUCCUGAAAAGCCGACGAAAUAGGGAGGAAAAAAAUAACAGAAUUCUGUAUCACUGAAGAUCAAAAAAAGCUGAUGCUACGCUAGCGGUGCGCACGCUUUUUUAUUUUGGGAGCAGUCAUUAUUAGUUGGCGCAAUCACUGCAAUUGUUAUAUAAGUAGAAAAUUGACUCGGGAAUUUGCAUAUGUUACAAGCCAACCCCAACCCCGCUUCAGACAAGUGCUCUCAACGAUUUUAUUCGAUCUUGCCAAUUCCGACUUGUAUUUUAACGAGAAUGGGAUUGUUUAUAUCGGCUAAUACUAAUCAAUAACAUAUAAUACAUACUCCUAUCCAUAUACAUACUCGUACUUUAUGCUGUCGCGAAUAAUCAAAAUCGAUCGAAAUCAUAAAGCCAUUUGCCAUUUGCAUUAAUGAAUUUUGUAUAUACUUAUAGAAAUCAGAAAUACAGGAACUUAAGGUAUCUUUGUACUCUAAGAGUAUAUAUUUUGAGAUUUUAAGUUUUUUAAUUGCUUUCAGCGAGCUAAUCAUCAUGUAGGAUAUAAAUUAGGUAUUCAUUGUAUUCAUAAUUUAAAUACAAAAAGUACAAAAAAGGGUAAACCAUUUUUUUGAAACUUAACAUAUAUUUGUAUAUAGAAAAUUUCUGUACUCGAAUGUAAUCUGUGCCAGCUUUUUUAAAUAAGUUUGUCAAAAUAUUUUUCUAAUAAACGAUGUAUUAUAAUAAGUAUAUUUUAUCAAAUGUACAGAAUGCCGCUGUCUGCUAUAACACUGUUCAAAACUUAUUUUUUGCUUUGCACGAGACAAAAAUUGGGUUAUAGGCCUGGACGAAUUUGCAAUAUGCUUAAAAAAGGUUGUUUAAUUAUAAAACCUCGAAUUUGUGAAUUUUUAUACGCAAUCUGCAGCGCAUCUCGGCAUCCACAAAAAUGUAUGCUCCAGGAUUUUUUCUUUGUGGUGAAAGAAUGGUAAUACCUGAUAUAUAGCGAGCCA